AUGGAUUCAUCAUCACCAUCUUCAUCGCGAAACAGCCUAGACACUGGCAUUGAUGCUGCAAAAUUGGAAGCAGCCAAUCGUUAUGUCCGCUGGAACCUUUUAUUUCUCGUUAUCAUCUUUACCUUUCUUGUCUUUCCGAUAUGGAUGCCCUUUACUCCCUAUGUCAAUCAAGUGACCAACAUCUUUAUCAUCAUCAUCAUUGGUCUUUUCCAACUCACCUGGCUAAUAGCCACUAUUUGUGCCAUUCGUCGAACAAUAGCUAUCAACAGCCGAAGCAGACGCAAGCUUGCAAAAGUCCAAGAUGUUGAAGCGUCUGACGUAACUGCCAACUGCUCCACGAACAUCCGUCACAUAGUUGCCAUGACCCUAUACAAAGAGCCUAUGGGCGUGCUGCAAACCACCUUGGACUCACUUGUGGAGCAAAAGGAUGCCAAAACCCGUCUCUCCGUCAUUAUUGGCAUGGAAUGCCGCACACCUGACAAGGAAUCUAAACGCGAUGAGGUCUACGCCAAGUACGAGAACAAGUUCCUCCGUCUUAUCGUUACCUUCCAUCCAUCGGGCAUUCCUGGCGAAAUCAGCGGCAAAUGUUCCAACAUGAACUACGCUUGUCGCCAGGGCCUACAGAUUCUCCGUCAAGAUGUUGAGUACAACUAUGAAAAACAUGAGCAUAUCUUUACCAACUGCGACUGCGACGCCGUCUUCGAUCCCGAAUACAUGCUGGAACUGGAAACCGAGUACCUGAAGCUAGAUUCUGCGGAUCGUCAUUCCUCCAUCUGGCAGUCCAUCAUCAUCUACAAGCGCGACUCGAUGCCCUUCUUUGUCGAUAUUACUGGUGUUUUGCGAACCUUCUUCUUCAUGGGAGUUUUGAUUCCCUGGAACAUCAAUCCCAUGUCCCACUACUCUCUCAGUGUCAAGUUACUCGAGGAGGGCGCUUUCACUCAUCCAGCCUACCAAAUGGAGGAUAUCAUUGCUUUGAUACGCUACACCAUCAUGACAAGGCGAGAAAUUCGCAUCAGGCCUUUGAAUCUCAUUUCGAUCAACGGCCCAACCUCUGGCGCUAACUAUGCUGACGAGAUACGCGAGUGGGCACUUCAGAUUCGCCGAUGGACCAUUGGCGCGGGCGAAGUGUUCCAUUACUUUAUCGUCAAGACCUACCGAAUGCCUGGAUUGUACCUUUCUAUCAGCUGGGCGACUCGCUUCUUUAUUUACUAUGGUCUCGUUCUCUGCGCCAGCGCUAUCUUUUCUGUCGUUUCUCCUAUCAUUGUUCAGUUGAUCAACGGUUUUGCUACUGAACAUGAUCCACUCUUUAUCAGUGACUCCCUCUUUUCGACUAUUUGCUUCAUCUUCCUAGGAACGCAAUAUGCCUUUUUGCUCAUCGCCUCCAUCCUUGUCCGCUGGAAUCUCCCUGUGCCUUGUGAUGGCAAGAGCAAUUAUAACAAAGGUGCUUGGGGUGUUGCAAGAGGACUAUUGCAUUGGAUCCUGAUGUUGCCAACCAUCCUAGCGUACAGCUUUGUUGAGCUUUACUCCUUUUUCGAGUUGGCUUUUAGAGGAAAGGAUGUUUGUAAACAUAACGCAGCAAGUAAGAGUAAUUUAGUUCUCAUAAAGGAUAAUGGGAAUUGA